CCCUCCACGCGGUACUACUACCGAGUGGGCAACUUGCUAAGCGACGAAUGGAGCGAGGAGUUCCACUUCACCUCCCCGCCGCUGCCGCCCUUCCUGCUCUCCUCCUCCUCCUCCUCUUCAUCCUCAUCGGCCCACACGCGAGGGAUCGACUCCUCUUCGUCGACUUCGUCGUCGCUGGCCUCGUCGUUCUCCUCCUACUUCGCCUCGUCGUCGAUGUCGUCGUCGUUCAUCAAUGCCCCGCCGGCCCGCGGGGUGGCCACCCGCGCGGUAGAGGAGGCCCCCUCGGUCGCGGCCCCCGCCGACGUGCUGGCGACUCUGGCCGUGUUCGGGGACAACGGCAUCUCGCACAACGGCCGGCAGGUGAUCAACCGCAUCCGCGACGAUCACUCCAUCGACGCCGUCGUCCACGUCGGCGACUUUGCCUACUCUCUGCAGAAAGGUGGCCAGUGGACGGUGGACAGCGAGCUCUACGCGGCGGACAAGCAGAUGGCGUGGGACAUGUGGUUUCGCAUGGUGGAGCCUCUCGCGGCGUUCAAGCCCUACAUGGCCGUCCCCGGCAACCACGAGACCUACAAGUUUGACUUCCAUUUCGUGCCGUAUGCGCACCGCUUCUUCAUGCCGGGCAACAGUUUCUGGUACUGGUUCGACUACUCGUCGAUCCACUUCGUCUCCGUCUCGUCCGACCACAACUACACCCGAGGCAGCGAGCAGUACACGUGGCUGGACGCUCAUUUGACCGAGUUCAAUCGGGCGAGGAACGCUUGGAUGCGAAGCACCCACAGGCGAGGGCGCAAGGCCCCAGGAUCCGCAGAAGCGCCACCGGCCGACGACGAGACCGAGAAGGAAUGGAACUCGGCGUGGUGGCUGGUGGCCCUGGUGCACAGAAACAUGUACAGCUCGAGCGUGUCGCAGGGCAGCAUACUGCACCUGCGACACGAGCUCGAACCGCUCUUCAACAAGCACGGCGUAGACCUGGUGGUACAUGGACACGACCACAACUACGAGCGAACGCAUCCGGUGGUGAAGGCGCGGCCGCAUCGGGUGGAGAAGAGUGAGGGCGUCUACGUCAAAUCGUGCGCCGAACAGAUGCCGCCCAUCUACCUUCGCGCCGGCACCGGCGGCAUCGAACUCGGGUCCCUCUGGGAUCCGCAACCGCCGUGGAGCGCUGCAGUGUACAACGAGGCGUAUGGGUACCUCCGCUUCACGGCCUACGCCAACAGCACCCUCAAGACCGAGUUCGUCUCCGCCCUCGACACGCAGAUCAAGGACACCCUCAUCCUCAUC